AUGGAGCAGAACACCCAGGCGUCGUCCGGAUCGCAGGAUUUUGUCGAUACUUUGCUGAGUGCGGGACGCGGCGAAUCGAAUGCCGAUGUCAAGCGCGCUCAAUCCGACGAGACCAACGAAAUGAAGGAUACACAACGCCCUGAUGAUGCAUCCGAUACCCUUUUGCAACUGGCAAGACAGAACGUUGAGCCUUUCCUGACCAAGUAUCACCCUCGCCAAUACGCCCCGUUUCGCUCGCAGGAUGGCACGCCUGAGAUCCCUCGGACGGUGAACGCAGGCUACUGCUACCGCCACCAGCCGGAUUCCAAGUGCAGACGACAGGCCGAUGAGCAGUCCAUGCGCCAGCUGCAAACCGAACUUGAUACCCUUCCGCAAAGUGACCAGCAAGGCAUUGCCCAUGUUUGGUCACUUUUCUCUGCCGCGCCGGCCAAGCAGCGCAAGCUAAUGCUUCAGGGCAUUUUGGCCCAAUGCUGCUUCCCCCAGCUAUCCUUCAUCUCCGCCAGCGUUCGCGAACUGAUUCGAAUCGAUUUCCUUACCGCCCUUCCUCCCGAACUUUCCUUCAAAAUCCUCCGAUAUCUCGACACUGCCUCUCUUUGCCGCGCCGCGCAGGUCUCUCAUCGCUGGAGAGCCCUUGCUGAUGAUGAUGUUGUAUGGCAUCGUAUGUGCGAGCAACAUAUCCGUCGCAAGUGCGCAAAGUGCGGAUGGGGUCUUCCUCUACUGGAUCGCAAGCGUUUGCGCGAAUCGAAGCGCGAAAUCGAACUUCGAGCUACCAAUUGGGGAAAUGAGUCCUCGAAACCUCUUGGUGACGGAGCGCCGAAUGGAACUUGCUCAGAUGUUGAAAUCACGGUGAAUGGCAAGCGCAAGAUCGAUACAGACGACCAGAGCUGUGCUAUGAUCAAGCGUCACUGCAAGUCACCAGCUUACAAACCUGACCCGAAUGACGACUACUUCAAGACCCGAUACCGCCCCUGGAAGGACGUCUAUCGAGAUAGAUUUGUGGUUGGCAUGAACUGGAAGCACCGUCGUUGUUCGGUCAAGGUUUUCCGUGGUCACACCGACAGUGUGAUGUGUCUGCAAUUCGAAGAUAACAUCUUAAUGACUGGCUCGUAUGACUCUACGGUCAAGAUAUGGGACAUGGAAAGCGGUGAAGAGUUGCGAACUCUCCGCGGUCACACUACUGGUGUCCGUUGCCUUCAGUUCGAUGACACCAAAUUGAUCACGGGCAGUCUGGACCGCAGCAUCAGAGUAUGGAACUGGCGUACCGGAGAGUGUCUCUCCAAGUACAAUGGCCAUUCCGAGGCAGUUAUUGCGCUGCACUUCGAUGCGACCCUUCUUGCAUCUGCCUCCGUAGAUCGGACUGUCAAGAUCUGGAAUUUCAAGGACAAGUCUACGUUCAUUCUUCCCCAUCCCGAAGGUGUCAACGCAGUCAAAAUCGAUACCGCCUCUCGCACUGUCUUGACUGCCUGCGAUGAUGGUGCAGCUCGCCUUUGGGACCUCGAUACCAAGCAGUGUCUCAGAGUUUUCCACAACCACAUCGGUGCAGUGCAGCAGGUCAUUCCCCUGCCUCGCGAGAUCGAGCUUGAGAGCCAUCUGGAUGACUGCGAGAAUGAUCACACGUCCCUCAAAGAUGGCGAUACCGUUAUCAACGCUCUUUCUCCUCUUCUGGAAUCGAAGUCUUUGUCUGUGCAGCCAUCCUCAUUUGGCUCAUCAUUUGACCAGGACCAGGACCGCCAGGAACCCCCACGGUACAUCAUCACUAGCGGUGUUGAUGCUACCAUUCGCCUGUGGGAAACCAACACCGGCCGAUGCCUCCGCACCUUCUUCGGCCAUCUGGAGGGCAUUUGGGCUCUCUCUGGUGACACUCUGCGCAUCGCCUCUGGCGGCAUGGACCGCAUGGUCAAGAUCUGGGACCCACGCGUCCCGACCUGCCAAGACACAUACGAAGGCCACUCUGCGGCGGUCAACUGCAUCGGUCUUAGUGACAGCCGCUUCAUCACUGGUGGCGACGACUACCACGUCCGCAUGUACGACUUCCGGGCUUGA